AUGAAAGAUUCGCUGUCUGCAGUUAUUCUGUUGUCCAUUCUUGAAUGCCUGUCCCGCUUAAUCUUCUCUCCGCUUCCAGAGAGCCCUUGUACCACACCCUAUUCCCCCGACAAACAGCAUCAUUAUCUCAGACUUGCUCAUCGUCGGGAUAUCCACCCGGCAUAUGGAGUGGACAUCUAUACCGCGCUGGAUGCUCAGAAUCUUCCCCAGUUUAUCAAUUCGGGCGCAAAAAAUUGCCAAAGUCAUCCGUUUCUAAUGCUGAGUGUCGAGAAGAUGGUGGGCGGCUUAUGGCUAGACUCUAAAACCCUUGGGGAAAUUGAAAGACGAAAAGAUGUACCAUCAUCGUGCAGAUUUUGUAGUAGACAGUCGAAGACCAAAUGCCGAGUUAAUGACAUCGUCCCCCACUGGCAGUAG